AUGGCCAACUCCGACGGCGAGGUCCUCACGGGGGCCAAGGAUGCCGUCCUCGUAAAGUCGGAGGAUAUGCCUGCGGGGUCGCAGCAGGUCGAGGAGCUCGACUUCAACAAGCUCAAGGGCCCCGUCACGGCCGAGGACCUGCUUGAUGGCAUGCGCCACAUGGGCUUCCAGGCCUCGUCCAUGGCAGAAGCCAUACGCAUCAUCAACGACAUGCGGGCGUGGAGGGACCCCGAGACGGGAGACAAGACCACCAUCUUCCUCGGCUACACCUCCAACCUGAUAUCGUCGGGCCUCCGCGGCGUCCUGCGCUGGCUUGUCGAGCACAACCACGUCUCGUGCAUCGUCACCACCGCAGGCGGCAUAGAGGAGGACUUCAUCAAGUGCCUCGGUCAGACGUACAUGAGCUCCUUCAGCGCGGUCGGCGCCGACCUGCGCAAAAAGGGCCUCAACCGCAUCGGCAACCUCAUCGUGCCCAACGCAAACUACUGCGCCUUUGAGGACUGGGUCGUGCCCAUUCUCGACAAGAUGCUGGAGGAGCAGGAAGCGAGCAAGGGCACCGACGACGAGAUCAACUGGACGCCGUCCAAGGUCAUCCACCGCCUCGGCAAGGAGAUCAACGACGAGCGAUCCGUCUACUACUGGGCCUACAAGAACAACAUCCCCGUCUUCUGCCCCGCCCUCACCGACGGCAGCCUCGGCGACAUGCUCUACUUCCACACCUUCAAGUCGUCGCCGCUGCAGCUCAAGAUUGACAUCGUCGAGGACAUUCGCCGCAUCAACACCAUCUCGGUCCGCGCCAAGCGCGCGGGCAUGAUCAUCCUCGGCGGCGGCCUGGUCAAGCACCACAUUGCCAACGCCUGCCUGAUGCGCAACGGCGCCGAGUCGGCCGUCUACAUCAACACGGCGCAGGAGUUUGACGGCAGCGAUGCGGGCGCCAGGCCCGACGAGGCCGUCUCGUGGGGCAAGAUAAAGAUUGGGGCAGACAACGUCAAGGUCUAUCUCGAGGCCACCGCCUGCUUCCCGUUCAUUGUUGCCAAUACAUUUGCCAAGGACAUAUAG